AUGUUAAGAAUAGGCGACAGGCCUAACGGCCCAAUGAAAGCUGAAACCACUACUGCUACUAUUGCUUGGCCUGUAUUCGACCUCCUACACCACCUACAACCCAAUACCGCAACCUCCCACUACAACCCUAUACCCCGACCACAUCGCCACCACAACCCAAUACCCCAACCACCUCACCACCACAACCCAAUACCUCAACCACCUCGCUACCACAAACAAUACAACAACCACCACAACCCAAUACCCCGACCGCCUCACCACCACAACCCAAUACCCCGACCACCUCACCACCACAACCCAUACCCCGACCACCUCACCACCACAACCCAAUACCCCGACCACCUCACUAACCCCCUUCUGCCACCACAACCCAAUAUCUCGACCAACCCUCCUUUGCCACCACAACCCAAUAUCCCGACCAACCCCCUUCUGCCACCACAACCUAAUAUCCCGGCCAACCCCCUUCUGCCACCACAACCUAAUACCCCGACCAACCCCUUUCUGCCACCACAACCCAAUAUCCCGACCAACCCCCUCUCGGCCACCACAACCCAAUACCCCGACCAACCCUCCUUUGCCACCACAACCACCGCCCUCAGCAGCACCAGUGCAGGCCCCAGUUGCGUGUCGGGAAGCACUAAGUGA